GUGAUGGGGACGAUUAUCGUGGAGAUUACAACCGCGCUGGUGCUUCUUUUUGUUGCGAUGCUGACGAUCAUGACGACCAUGUCCGUUCUGACCUUUGUGAAGGUGUCGGAGCCGAUUAUCGCGGCGAUGAUGUUCAGCGCGUUGAUGCUGUCCUUCGUGCCAGCGCCGACCAUUGCGGGGAAGAUGUUCAUCGUGCCGGGGCCGACCAUCGUGCUGACGAUUGUGCUCGCGCUGACCUUCUCGGAGGUGCUCUGGCCGAAACCCGUGGAAGUGCCAGAGUUCGUUCUUGUGCUGAUCUUCGAGAGGGUGCCAAUGCCGACCGUCGUGGAGAUGGCGUUCAACGUGUAG